UUCAUCCACACGGCGGCAGCAGCUUGUCUUAUUGGCCUCAUCAAUAUCGUAGCAAAAGUCGAUCAGUUGACACGUGUAUUUGAUAUAGUUCUGAAUAGACUCGGAAAUGGAUUACAAUUGGUUCGUUAUAUUCACAUGUGCCAUUUUAGGAGCGGUCUCGAGCUCAGAUUUGGGAAGUGAAAGUGUCUCCAAUAUAACCACAUCUGAUGAUCGUCAGGGCAGAGAGUUUCCAUUCUAUUCACUCGGACGGAUUGCGAAUAGGGUGUGUACGGGAACUAAUGGUUUAUUGGGAACGUGUCAGAUUCGAGGUGAAUGUGCUUCAAAUGGAGGAAUAGGAUCAGGACGGUGCAGCACCCUAACUGUCCAGGCUGUGUGUUGCGUGUAUAUUAGCACCUGCGGUGGAUCUGGGUCGAAUAAUGUAACCUAUUUCCAGAACGCUGGCUACCCUAUGCCUUACAAUGGAGGAGGAGCCUGCACAUACACGGUAAUACCACCAGACAGCACUGUUUGCCAGUUGAGAGUGGACUUCAGCGCAUUUACGCUCUCGCAACCGAACGGAGACGGAUUAUGUUCGGUUGAUAACAUCCAAAUAUUUGGCGGUAGCUCUCGGGUGCCAACAAUCUGUGGUGAUAAUAAUGGACAGCAUGUGUAUGUCAACUUCAAUGGGCAGAACUCGAUCACUAUUACCGUUUCGACCACUGCGGCAACAUCCUUCAACCGAUUGUGGAAUCUACAGUUGAGCAUGAUUUCUUGUACGAGCACUUAUAUAGCUCCGGCCGGAUGUUUGCAGUACUUUUUGGACAGCGCAGGAAAUAUUCAAAGUUUCAAUUAUGGCUCAUCAGCUAAUUCGGCAUUCAGCGCUAUGGGGAUGGUUGGUACUCGACAGAUGUCCAACCAAAACUAUGGAAUUUGCAUUAGAGCAGGAGCCGAUCAAUGCUCAAUAUCAUACAACGUGCCCUCAGGAGACCUUUAUGCGUUUACGGUAACGGGUGACGUAUUAGCAUUAACACAAGAUAUGCUCGGUACUCCUGGCGUCGCUAUGGUAGGAAGCGGUUGUAUGUCGGACUAUCUCAUUAUUCCGAAUCCAACUGGUGUGGCGAGUGACAGGUUUUGCGGUAUGGCAAUAGAACCAGUUACAAGUUCGCCUCCAUUUGUAUUGUAUUACAUCACGGAUAGUUCUGAUGGAGGUGAUGUUGCGAAUCGAGGAUUUAGCUUGCAGUAUUCUCAAAACUCUUGUCCAAUUUCUGCUAAAAAAUAGUGUAGAUUAUGUUAUGUUAACAAUUAUGAAUUUUACUUUUUUAUGACGUGCCCUAUUUUUGCCAAGAAUUUUUUCG